AUGGACUCCAAGUACAGAGCGGUUCCUGACGAGGAGCACCAGACUUUUGAAAAGAAGUCCCUCCUAUCGCCAAUCUCGGAAUACACCAGAGUCCCGCCUGUUUUCACUCGUUACUCAACGCACCCAUAUGCCAUCUGGAUAUGUCAUGGGCUUCUGCUUUGCUUCUCCUUCACAUUCUUUAUCCUCUCCUUGCUGCUUCAUAUGAACACCAAACAUACCGGAAUAUGUUCUCAGCCAGAAUUCCCAUACUCUCCUGCAGAGAGCGUCGCCAGCUUCCACUCGGUUCGAUACAACAUCACUCCAGCUAUGGAGAUGUCCGAAUUCGUCGGGUACGGACCCGAGGUUGAUAAAGCAUGGGAGCACGUCACAUACGACGUUGGUGACCAGAUGAUCACAAAAGACAAGCUCGAUCAUCUGGGUCUUGACCCCAAAUCCCUCACCAUCAAGGACCCAAAGACAGGCCAAGAAGGCUACCGUGUGGGAAUCCAAGUCUUCCAUCAACUCCACUGCCUCAAUCUCCUUCGACAGGAAACAUACAGGGACUACUACUCCACCACAGGGGGAGACAUCGAUACAGAUCCUGAGGACCUGAGAGGCCAUCUUGACCACUGCAUUGAGAUCUUGAGGAACAGCUUGAUGUGCCAGAGCGACACUGGAGUCUUUGCUUUCAAGUACUACGACGGUUACGAUGGUCAUUGGCCUGACUUCAGCACCCAGCAUACCUGCCGAAACUUCAGUGCGAUCCGUGAUUGGGCGUUCCAGAAUGCCGUUGUAUUUGGUGAUGAGGACUAA